AUGACCGCAGAGAAGAAUUUUGCUGUGAAUGUCUUCCAUCCUGGAAGAUGUGAUAAUCAGAGGCUCUGUAACUCUGGGCUGCUCUCCAUUAAACGAUGCUUCUUAACUAGCUGGCUUCCACUGGUCAACCAGCUUGAUCAGAACACCAUGCUAGUAAAAUGUGGUGUUGGUGAAUAUGAUAAUGUAGCAGGUGUGUGGGCCAACAGAGUUGUGGUUCCUGAGCAGGUGACUGCAGUGCUGGGGAAAAACGUUACUUUGACCUGCAGGGUGGAGGUCAGCACAAACCUCAGUCUGACCCAGAGUUCCUGGGAACGCCGGCUGCCCUCCGGCACCACCACUUUGGCUGUCUUCAACCCCCAGUACGGGACCUCCAUAUCUGAUGAGUACAGCAAGCGGGUGCACUUCAUCAAGCCCUCAGUGCAUGAUGUAUCCAUUGUCCUGCAGGGCGUGGGGUUUGCAGACAUUGGGACCUAUACUUGUAAAGUGGUCACCUUCCAACUUGGCAACAUGCAAGCAUCCACAACUGUGGACAUUAUGGUGGAGCCAAAGGUCUAUGUGUCUCCUGGCUCUUUGUCUCUGUUGGAUGGAGAUGGUGAAACUCUGGUGGCGACAUGUACAGCUGAAAGGGGUCGUCCAGCAGCAGAGGUCUUCUGGGAUUCAGACCUGCCGGGCCAGCAGUCAGCAGUCAUCACACAGCAAGAGCCUGAAGGCACCACCACCACAUCAGUCCACUAUGUCUGGGCCCCCACCUGGGAUGCAUUUGGCCGGUCCCUCAGCUGCGUUGUUCGUCACCCGGCCUUAUCCAAGGAUUUCCGCAUUCCAUACCGGCUCAAUGUGUUUUUUGCUCCAGAUGUUACGGUGAUAGGCCAGCAGGACGUGUGGUACGUGGGACAAAAAAAUGUACAGCUGGACUGUAGAGCCAGUGCCAACCCACCUGCUCUUAUGUACCUCUGGACCAGACUGGACGCACCAAUGCCUGCAGGUGUGGACAGAUCUAAUGGCAGCCUGCUGUUUACUCGUCCUUUAGAGCCGAGCGACUCUGGACAAUACAGGUGUGAAGUACAGAAUGACGUUGGGCAGAGAUUUAAGGAUGUACGCUUAUUGGUACAAGAGCCGCCACCAGCCACCGCAGCCCCCACCAGCACCCGCAGCAAGUCCAUCCUGCCUGACACCAGCUUAACCAUCACCGCUCCCAUCAACCAGCAUGCCCACUUCACCGGCCCGACUCAGGCCUCUCCGCCAGACAGCGGCCUGGGCACUAUCGUGGGCGGUGCUGUCGGUGGGAUCCUGAUCCUAGUGUUGCUGAUGGCGCUGGUGGGGGCUUUCUACUUGCGUCAACGCCGAACAUUCAGAGGAGACUACUACACCAAACAGUACAUCGGCCCAUCCGACAUGCAGAAAGAGUCACAGAUGGAC